AUGAAUGCGCCCUCCGAUCUCCACUACGUGCGGUACGAUAACUCUCGCGAAAAUGAGUUCGUCCCCGCGAUGCGCCAACUGAUCUCCAAGGAUCUGUCCGAGCCUUACAGCAUCUACGUCUACCGCUACUUCCUCUACCAAUGGGGCGACCUGUGCUUCCUCGCGAUGGACGAUAAGAACGAGAUGGUUGGAGUCGUGGUAUCGAAGCUGGAACCGCACCGCGACGGCCCGAUGAGAGGGUAUAUCGCCAUGCUGGCCGUGCGCGAGGAGUACCGGGGCCGGGGAAUUGCAACCAAGCUGGUACGCAUGGCCAUCGAUGCGAUGAUCGAGCGGGAUGCAGACGAGAUCGUUCUCGAAACCGAAAUCACCAACACCGCCGCCAUGAAGCUAUACGAGCGACUGGGCUUCCUUCGUAGCAAGCAGCUACACCGAUACUACUUAAACGGCAACUCAGCAUAUCGUCUCGUGCUUUACCUGAAGGAAGGCGUGGGUGCGAUUCGAACGGCCCUUGUUGAUCCCUACGGCCCCCCGCCACCGGUUCCUAGUAUACCAGACGCGUGCAUGGGGCAUCCUUAUUCCAACAUGGGCUCGUUGAUUUGA